AUGUCAGGCCCAUCUACCACUGCCGACAGGGGUGCUCAAGACCCAUUAGGCACAGAGCACCACCACGUGGAUGCCUCGAACCCGAGACCGGAUUAUGAAAGCGCCACUGCCACUGCCGCCGCCGCUGUGAGCUACGGAGCUCCCCCCGAUGAAAGUCUGUACCAUCACGGUAACUACACAGCAGCGGCUGCUGCUACUGCUGCUGAACUUCAGCACCGAGCUGAACGCCAACGGAUGCAGCAAUUACAACAGCAACAUGAGUUGCAAAGCCAACAGUUGCAAUACCAACAGCAGCACCAGGCUCACUUGUUACAACACCAUCACCAAAUGCAACAACACCAACAACACCACCCAGCCAUGCACGCGCAACCACAUCACAACCCCAUCCCCCAUCAAAUGGUCCACCAUGCCCCGGUGGCGGAGGACUUUGAUAAUGGAAUUUUACAGCUGCGUUAUUGUGAGAACGAAAUCAUCAAGACGUUUGCCCUGAAAGAAGAGUUAAUCGCUUUUGUCAAGCGACUGCUCCUGGCAGAUGAACGUUGCAAAAUCGUCAUCAAUUCGUCAAAGCCUAAAGCGGUGUAUUUUCAAUGCGAACGGUCGGGCACCUUUCGUACUACUGUCAAAGACCCUACCAAGCGUCAGCGGGUAGCGUACACCAAGCGGUCGAAGUGUGGGUACCGUCUAGUUGCCAACCUUUACCCCCCAGAAAAGGAGAAGAAAAAGAAUGUCAAAAAAGACCCAGAGUCAAUUGAUUCGAAGUUAAACGAUCAGUUCAUUCAAGAUCAGUUGAAUGGUGAGAUGUGGAUUUUGAGAAUGAUAAAUCCUCUUCACAAUCAUGCACCUGAACCCGUCACCACUAAGAAGAAGCGGUCCAAGCUGCUGCGGCAAUUGGUUCAAAAGCCCAUCCACCGCCAAGCUACUCAACCCAACAACGGUUAUAUUCCCGAGCAAUUGAUACCUCAAGCUCCUGGCUUACAUCACCCCAUGAGCCACAUGCAUCAUGAUGAGGCGGUGCCGGAUGCGAUGAUGGCAGCUAUGGAGGGCCAGCUUCAUGCCCUGACAGUUGAUCCUAACAUUGACCCUAAUGUUGAUCCCAGUGUUCAGGCACACGACCAUGCGCAUCUUAGCCGAGGUCUUUACCGCAGAUAG